AUGGACCCCAUCGACGGAGAACCUCAACACCUCUUUGCAGACGAGACCGAGUUGUCGCUAUUACAGAAUUCCUACCUCCCGAGCAUCUUCUUCCCUUCUGCCAACCUCAAUGGCGAACACGUCAACUUCGGAGAUCCUAACACUUUCUCAGAGCCUGAGAGAAUGCAUGUCGAUACCGAACUAGCACACUCAAAGUGGACCAACGCCGCCGAAUGCCACCAAGAUCAUCCACAGAACCAUGUUCGCGAUCGCGCAGAGGAUCAAAUUGCCUCGGACGGCAGAAAGAGGCGUUCAACAUACAAUGACGAUAGUGCCCAGUUGGAGGAAUCGGAGUACACGUGGAAUUUCGAACCAAGCCCAAAAAAGCACAAAGGAGACGUCGAAUUUUAUGGCAUCACUUCCUCUCAGUGUUUGCUUGAUGGGUCCCAACUGCAGAGUUCUGCUAUAAUGAGCCCUGAAAGUUUUAAUCCGGCCGACUCCACCCUGACUUCAAAUGUUGCUGGAGAUAAGUGGUAUCAGCAGGCUCAUGCUCAUGGACUCGCGUACACGGCUGACCUGCAAGAUAUGUCUGAAAAAAUGCUCUCCUUUGCUGAUCUCAAUUUUGACCAUCAUGACCCACUCGAACUCGAAGCGGCCGAAACUUCGAUGAAAUUUGAGAGUGAUAAGUCCUCAUCGUUUACCGGGGAACAGUCCCCGGCGGAAGAGGCACGCCUAACCUUGCCGGUCAGCGGACAACCGAGCGAAAGUAGCUUCACGAAGCCCCACCCAACUUCCUGCGACGGAGGAACUCAGACUGGUGGUAAAGUUUUACCAGACGACUAUACUCUCCAGCAGUGUGAUACAUGCUUCGGUAUGGAAGAGCUUGUCUGUUUGUAUCACAGAACCUCGGGUGAGUUUGUUGGUGUUGCUGAUGGCAUAACCGGGAGAGCGCUGGGUCAACUCAAUGGACAAUUUAUGACUGCAUACCAUUCCUUUAUUCUGCUCCAGGACGGUUCCAAAUCUGUCAAAACGGCAUCAGCCCGACGAUAUAAGCUUCAGACUCUCAUUUAUGGUCUAGGCAAGGAUGCUGAUGCGGUCGGAGCUCUUCUAUCGGCACAUGAUUUAUUCCUACAGCACCCUCGAAAGACUGAUCCCACUAAGCUAUACUCGAACCCCCACUACCUCUCACGGCCAGGAGGAAACAUGGACAUACCGCAAUACGGUACUACAGCGGCCAUCGAUACUUAUCCUGAUAGAUCCGUACUCGACGAGGUUGGCCAUGCUCGCAUUCUGCGGAUUUUUGACUCUGCUCAGGGUCCUCCCACGUUUGUAAAGCCUCAAAUUGUCUCCGAUUUGAAGACACAACUGAAAGAUCAUCAAAUAUCGGCCCUAGCCAUGAUGUUCGAGAAAGAGAACGGGGUAGUCGAAGAUGCUAACUUCCCUUCCUUGUGGCAGAUCCGGAAGUUUUCUGGCAACAAGAGAUAUUUCAAUGUGAUCACAGGGGCCUAUGAAGCAGAAGGCUCCGAGCUGAGUCAAGGCGGGCUCAUUGCAGAUGAUAUGGGUCUUGGGAAGACGCUUACCGCGUUGGCGUUCGUAGCAUCGUCAAAUGCCGCAAACAAAGACAGCGGGAACCACAGCGGUGAGGGUUCGCGGCGACGACUUACGUCCCUUGUUGUUGCACCGAAGACAGCCAUCCCCGUCUGGGAGGAGCAGAUUCAAAAACAUUUCGAGGACGGCACUCUGCGGCUUCACGUCUACCAUGGCAUGGCUCGGAAAAGCUCAGAUUUUGCGUCUCUCGAUUAUGACAUCGUCAUCACCACCUAUGAGACGCUCAGCACCGAAUGGUCGAGGCACCCCGAGAAACCUCUCUUUUCCCAUAUUUGGCAUCGUAUUAUCCUUGACGAGGCACAUAUGAUCCGAAACAGCACUUCAGCAAAGCAUCGUGCUGUCUGUGACUUGAGAGCCCGCUAUCGAUGGUGCCUGACCGGAACCCCUAUUCAGAACAGGAUCGAAGACUACGGUGCAAUUCUCAAAUUUCUCCGGAUACCACCAUUCCUAUCCAAACACUCAUUCAACCACUAUAUUGCGAAUCCGAUCCAGUCAGGCAGAGAUGAGGGUUUCAGAACCUUGAAAACGCUCGUCGAGGCCACUUCGCUGCGACGAACAAAGAAAUCGGAGUUGAAACAGAAUGACCUUCCUAAGAGGCAAGUGAUCGUUCAACCGGUUGACCUCAGCACAACAGAAAGGGGCAUAUACGAUUUUUUCAAGGAAAAGGCUGCAAAUAUCGUGUCCGAUCUACACGGGGAAGCCAGGCGCAACAACCCCCUGGGCACUAUCUUGCCGACCUUGACUAGGCUCCGACAAAUCUGCAAUCACAGUACGGGGUUACUGCCGCCAGCGAUACUAGCCGCUGCUGAGGGUUGUGAUCAAGGGUCCCCAUACGAUUCUGGGCUUCAACAAGAUAGAUGUGACAACUGUCACUUAGUGCUCGCGGAGACUGAGGAGAUGUCUCUGACGGCCCUGGACUUGCCUUGUUCGCAUUUGUUAUGUCAGAAAUGUUUGUGUAUGGCUCAGAAUGACGAAAACGAGGGAGCCACUGAUGGAAGCCUUCUUUGCCUCGUUUGCAGUGCUGUUCGCUCAUCCCCUAAUCAGGCCAGUCCAAGAACGCCAGCAACACACCACAGGGCGCUCGAAGCUGGCUUGGCACCUUCGACCAAAAUGCUUGCCUUGCUCGAAAAUCUCCGACAAGAUAGAUCCGCAUCAGCUGAACCACCCUUCAAGAGUGUUGUUUUCUCGUGUUGGACACGGACCUUGGAUCUCAUCGAGCUCGUUCUGAACCAAGAUGGGUUCAAAUUUCAGCGAAUCGAUGGAAGCAAAUCUCUGUCACAGCAGCGUGACGCGUUGAAGACUUUCUCUGAAGAUCCAAAAUGUCUAGUCAUGCUGGCGUCGAUUGAUUGCGCCGGUUGUGGACUCGAUCUGACGGCGGCAAAUCGCGUGCACCUCAUGGAACCGCAGUGGAAUCCCAUGAAGGAGGAACAAGCACUUGAUAGGGUAUACAGACUGGGGCAACAGCGAGAAGUACUCGCAAUCCGCUAUAUCGUGAAGGACUCGAUUGAGGAGGUGGGUUAA